AUGAAUGACCGGUACGUCAUCAGAGCACCGAUUUCAUAUAUUUUACAACACGUACAUGUUGUUUGUCUUUAUAGUGUUGUGUUCGACUUUGGGAUAUAGUAAUGUACUUUCCUCUAUUCGUCAUGUCACACUCUUAUGUAUCCGCGAAACGCGAUGUGUCAUCGUUGCACUGACUCUCUUCAAUCGUGUCGUGGCUUUUUUUCAGCUUCUCAGUUAACCUCUCAUCGUGAAACACGAUUCUUUCUCUCAGUGACAGAGAAUUAUCCUUGAUCUUCGAUACUUGUUUGAAUGAAACGAUAUUCAAAUGUUUCUCAAGGAAAACAAAACAUGAACGAACAAUUCUAAAAGUAUUUUUUUUGUUAUUAAAAAAAAAAAAAAAAUGAAAUGAUGAUGGAAGUUUAAAUAGGUGACUGUUGAAGUGAAAAGAUCGACAAGAUUUUGCGUCCGGUGUACUUUCUGAGAAGAAAUCGUGUCGGUUACUGACGACUUUAUUAUUUAGUUGUGUAUCGAUAUGGGAGAAAUUGUUCAGCUGAUUCAAAACGAAUGUCCAACAAAUAUUGAGAGAAUUUUGACAAACGGUUGGCAAGACACCAUGGAUAAAAUACAAUAUUGGAAACCAGAAGGUCAGCAAGGUCAGCAAGCUGAGCAGGAGUUGGCGACGAAAAUGUUGCAAAUACAAAGUAAAAGGUUCUAUCUAGAUGUGAAACAAAACAAGCGUGGUAGAUUUAUCAAAGUUGCGGAGAUCGGAGCUGAUGGUAGAAGAAGCCAAAUCUUCCUAGCACUUAGUACAGCAUCGGAAUUUCGAGAUCAUCUUUCAACUUUUAGUGAUUAUUACGCAUCUUUAGGUCCACCAAAUCCAGAUAAUGUUCCGGAUGAUGGGAAACUUAAGUCGGAAAUGAUGGUUAAGGAUAAUAGGCGAUAUUAUCUAGACCUUAAGGAGAAUUCUCGUGGCCGUUUCCUGCGGGUGAGUUCCGCUGUGUCGCAAACGAUAACACGAGGAGGACCGAGGACACAAAUCGCGAUACCAGCGCAAGGAAUGAUCGAGUUUCGCGAUGCCUUAACAGAUCUUCUUGAGGAAUUCGGAACGGAUGAUGGCGGUUUCAAGGGUGAUUUACCCGAGGGACGUUACAUGCGUGUCGACAAUAAAAAUUUCUAUUUCGAUAUUGGACAGAAUAAUCGAGGCAUUUAUAUGAGAAUCUCUGAGGUGAAGACAAACUUCAGAACGGCCAUAACAGUACCGGAGAAAUCAUGGGCACGAUUCCGGGACAUAUUCGCGGACUAUUGUGACAAAAUGAAGGAGAGCGGCGUAGGUGCUGGCGGUGGAAGCAGUUCAUUAUCCGAAGGAAAAGGUUCGGUGAUGGCACAGGUACCAUCACCAUCAUCUACUUCUCAACAGCCCAAUCCCAAUCCGAAUCUAGAUUCCCCUUUAAUCAAGUGAAAAAGGCUUUAACUUAACUCGAACAUUGGAAUUCUAACCGUAACUCGUUUUCGAAUCGUUAUAGGCGUUACUAAAAAAAUAAUUUGUCUCUGAGUCCAUAUGCCGUCGUCAUCAUCAUCAUCAUCAUCAUCAUCAUCAUCAUCAUCAUCAUCAUCAUCAUCAUAAUUCGCCAUUUCUUCAAUCAUCGUUACUCUCCUGUGGCGUUUCUAGCAUUCUAAUUAAAUCUAAAUAAAAAGAGCGUCUAGACUCUUUGUCCCAAUUUCUCGUUUCAAGAUACAUAUUUUCAUCAAAAAAAAAAAAAAAAAAAAAAAAAAAAAAAAAAAAAAAAAAAAAAAGGAGAAAGGCUGGACCAGUUUUAUCUAUUGACGAAUUAUUAAUUAUCAGAGAAACGCGUAAAAAAGCGAGUUUUACGAUUUAAUUAAAAAGAAAAGAAAAAAUUGUAGGUAUUUCGAAAGUGAAUAUUGGAGCGCAAUGUCCUAUUAUUUGGACGGGAGUUGUCGUCGAUUAACGUUGUAUAUACUACCGUUCAUUUCCUCGAUUUUUUCACCCCCCCCCCCCCCACACCCUCUCCCUUCUACCUUUAAUCACACAUUUUGAUAAUUGCACGUUAGAUUGUUUAUAUAAUUAAACUUCUUUUUUCUCCACCCCCUUUCCCCAUUUUUCUCUUUUCUUUCUAUUUCUCUUUUUGAAACUUAUCUCUCGUCAAGCACAUGUCCAACGAGAAAAAAAAAAAAAUUCCUCGCGGGAAAUGGACUGUAGUCGAGGUUACGUUUACAAUUGAAUUUGAUCGUUCAGAAUUUAUGGAUAAAAUAGUUGUUAUAUUAACGAUUUACGUCGCGGAGGAAAGGAUUCAGACGAGAACGUCGACCGUUCCAUUUUUUUUUUUUUUUUUUUUUUUUUUUUUUUUUUUUUUGGUGUCGCUUUUCUUUCUGAAAAAGAAUUUAUUUUUUCGAGUUUUAAAUAGUCAAUUGAAAAAAAAAUUUCAUUUACGAAAUUAAAAUUUCAAAUCGUCAAACGGUACACUGCGACAUCCUAUAUAUAUAUACGCAUUCACACACAUUCACAUCCUUCGUUUGCAAAUCGAUCGACGUCUUUAUUGAAAAUAAUAAUAAUGAGGUAAUAUAUAUAUAUAGAGAGAGAAAAAAAAAAAAUAAUAGACGGCAAAAGAGAUAAUUAUUAGCCGAUUACGAUCCAUAUAAUGUGUAUAUUAUUAUAAAAUAUAUUAAAUUACAGUUAAUCGGGCACACAUUUGAACGUAAUCGAAAAAAAAAGUCACGUGAAUUGUCCCCCUUUUUCGAUACACACUUAGUGUAUGUACAUAAAAAGGGCAUAAAGAAAAAAGCAAAGACAAAAAAAAAAAAAAAAAAAAAAAAAAAGAUACGUUCACGAUGUGUACGUUACGUUUUGAGCUCGACGGCCGACUUCUAAUACAAUUGCAUUUUAGGUAUGUAUUAUACGAAUAAACAUAUUAGGUAUUUAUAUAGAAUCUAUGUAAACUGUAUAAUUGUAACGAAAUGCCAAUGUCAACGGACCCAGGUGGCUGCGAAACCCAACAAACAAAAAAAAAAAACUAAAGAAGUCAUAUUGAUUUUAAUUAUUAUAAAAUAUUGCACUAUUAUCUAAUUAUUGGCUGGCAGUUAUUUAGGUCCGUUUCUUUAUGUUCGGGCGCAGGAAAAUAAUUAACGAAAAAUGGAUUUAAAAAAAAAAAAGAUUUCUGUAAUUGAAGAUCGAGUCGGAGAUGGAUAUACGUUCGAGUUAAUUUCCAGAAAGAGAAAAGAAAAUGAAAUGAAAAAAACAAAAAAAAAAAACAAAAAAAAAAAAAAACCGAAAAUCUUAUACGCUUUUAUUCUGCAACGCUGUGCUAACGAUGAUGUCGAAAAUUUAAAAUCCCUCUUUUACGUUCUUAAUAUUAAAUAUACGUGUUAAAAGAAGAAGAAGAAGAAGAAAAAGAAAAAGAAGAAAGAAAGAAAAAAAAUGAAAUACUGUCCGAAAAUGGAACGACAAACACUCGUAAGCAUUUCGCGCUGGUGCGAAAUCAAUAUUAUUAAAUAAGCGGCAUAGAUUAUGCAUUACACAGAUUUACGUGCUAUUUAAUUGAAUAUAAAAAAAAAAAAAGAAAACGCGAUGACGAUUUGUUGCAACAAAAUUUGCACGAUCCAAAUAUAUGAUUCGCGAAAACUUCAAAUAAUAAGAGAUGAAACAAAUUUUAUUUAUUUUUUAGCGAUGAUCUUAUUAAUUAAUUAUAUAUACAUAUAUAUAUAUAUAUAUAUAUUUCGAUUUAAUAGAAAUAUCGACGCAUCAAAUGCGAUCAUUUUUUAAGUGUGAUUGAUUGUUCAUAUAUUCAUAUUAUUGAAUUUAAUGUUCAUAUUAUAAUUAUUAAUAAUUGUUCUUCUUAUUGUUCUCCGUUACAUCUUCGGUUUAUUAUUAUUAUCUUCUCUUUUUUUGGUCUCUUCUUCUAAAUCAACAAUUUCGGCUGGUCUGAAUUUAACUAGGAUAUUAUAAUUCAAGGAUAGAUUAACGAAAUAUAAAUCACAAUUAUAGAAAAAUCCAAGGAGACUUAAUAAAAAAAAAAAAGGAAUAAAGUGGAGCCAGGGUCGCCAAUUAUAUAAUAUGCGUCUCUCUUAAAUUUGUCAAGCACUUUUGAAAAAAGAAAAUGGCUCGUCAAGUACAAUUUUUUAUUAUUUUUGUUUUUUUUUUUUUUUUUACUUCCUCGAAGGAAGUAUUUUAUUGUGUUUAAAAAUUGUUUAGUUUUCGAAAAAUAUUAUACAUAUAUGUAAAUUCGAAUUCAUGAAUUGCAAGUUAAUAAACUAAUUUUUGAAAUUUAUUAAAAACAAUUUUAUAUCUAUUAUAAAAUUUUGAUGAAUUUUAUCAAAAAUUCAUUUAAAUUUAUUUUUUAACAAUUUUAAUAAAAAAAAGGGAAAAUUUAAGAGCGACUGCGAUCCGUGAGUAAUAAUUAAAAAAAAAUAAUAAUAAUAAGAAAAUGUUCAUAUACGAAAGGAAACGAAAAGGCAUACAAAAAAAAAAAUCGUUCAUUGGCGCAGGUGGUUAUGACAUUGUGAUCUAUACAAAAUACAAAUUACAAAGCAUCAACAAGUAGUAAAUAUUUAAGAUUAUAAAAUACAUUCACGUGAGAAGAAAAAAAAAAUAAACACACAUUAACACACCAAAAAUUUACACUAUUAAACACGUCACGAAUACCAUUAUUUUACAAUAUUAUAAUUUUUUUAAAAAAAUUAUGAAUAAUACACAGACACAACAGAGAAACAGAUUUACAGAAAAAAAAAAAAAAAAAAACGUUCAAACACGUUUAAAGUAAGCAAAGUAAUAUAAAAUAAAAGAAAGAAAAAAAAAAACACAAUACUCCUGCCACGCAGUGAGUUCUUAGACAGCUUUAAGAUAAUAAUUAUUAAAAAAAAAAAAAAAAAAUGAUAAAUAAUAACUAUUAAAUAAUAACGAUAAACUUUCUAUAUGUUGAAUCGUGUCUAGUGAGAGAAUUACUAGUAAGAAUUAACUAUUGCCACACACAUGAAUUAAUACAAUUUGUAUGACUAUUAGUUAUCAUUUUCUCUUUUUAUCUCUCUCUCUCUCUCUCUCUCUUAUUUUUCAGUCAUUCCUCUAUUUCUCUUUCUCUAUUUUUCACAUCUCUCUAUCUCUCGUUUCAAAAAAAAAAAAUCUCUUUUUAGCUCUAAAUCUAUCUUCAUCGGAAAAUCAAUUUUUUUUUCGUUUUUUUUUUUUUUUUUUUUUUUAAUAGAGAGAAAAAAAGGUGGUUGUUAGAGGAUAGUUUGGUGUUCCGUUUGCUGUUUUACAAACGUUGUACGGUUGUUAAUCGGCGAGCGUCGAUUAACUAAUGAUUAAUAAUAUUAUUGUCGAAAAAAAAAAAAAAAAAAAAAAAGUGUAAAA